UGAGGAGCUGCGCAGCUCUUCCUGCGGACAGAGCUGACUGCGCAGGUCCUUCUGCGGACAGAGCUCACUAAAGAGCACUCGAGAAGGAGGAGGAGGAGGAUGAGGAGGCUGGUCGCAGACCAAAUAGUCCUUAGGCUCAACAACACACCGACCAUUUCAUUUUGAAUGUCGCCGGCCACGACAGCCUCAAAACGAUGAUGAUGUCGUCGAGUGUCGCGGGUCGGGUACCACGGCGGUGUCCUGCCAUCGACGAAUGUCUGCCUGUCAGAGGGGCAUCAGACAGACCGGUGGUCUGUUCAUCGGGAUAGAUUAUAUCGUAUAUGCUUGUAUUACAGUCUGGCUAGCCUCCAUCUUCGAGUCAAUCUGGCCACGUUAAAAUAUCGAACUAUCUAGUCCUGUCCUGAAAGCUUGGAGUCGGUGAGAUGAGGAGGCGCGAGAGCAGGUAGGAGAAUCACUAAGCAACGUCACCAACAAAGCCAGCGCUAUCUGGAGGGAUCACCAUGGUCUACAAGAUGACCGGGGCAGCGAUAGACCGGGUCAGCCUGCUGUGGCGGAUGAGGCGGCGGGCCCGCCGCGGGGCCUUCUGCAUGGGCUUCUUCUGCAUCUCCAUGGCACUGCUCUACGCCCUUUGUGCAGAGAACAGUGUGCCCGUGACCGACGCCAUCUUUGGAGUGCGCGCACGCACCCGGGCCCAGCCACGCACGCACUCUGUCGUCAAGGUCCUGCGAGGAGGGACGAAGCCCCUGUACGCUGAUCCACAGAAGCUCCCAGGCGUCGUCCCCGGCAACCCGAACCGACCAAUCCCUGUGCUCUCCUCCACCAACCACACCCAGGAAGUGAAGGAGGCCGCCUCGAAGAAGAAAGCCAAAGCGCGGGAGUCCGGCUUUUUUGCGUGGCUGCUGCCGCGCCCCUUCAGGCGAGCGCUGGAGACCCUGUUCGGAGGCCGGCGUCGCGGAGAGAUGAGCGGGACGGUGGGAGACACAGAGUUCUUCAAAGCCCACGGCAGCAUGGGCGAGGUGUGGGACGAGGAGAUGUCCAGCAGCAUGCUUGGCAGCCGGCUGAGGAAGGUGGUCCAGAACUAUCAGGCCAUGAACAAGUACGGAGUGGAGAACACCGGGCCGGGCGGCGUCGCCAGCCGGCCCAAGCUCAGCGGCCCGGAGCUUCUGUGCCAUCUAAAGAGUCAGGUACAGGUCUUGACCUUGACCCCCGACCUCCAGCCCUUCGCCUCACUGAGCUGGGCCUCCCAACUGCCUGACAAAGCGGUGACCUCUGAACUCGGCCCAUACAAGAGCUGCGCUGUCGUGUCGUCGGCUGGCUCACUCCGCAACUCCGGGCUUGGCAAAGAGAUAGACUCUCACGAUGCGGUGCUACGGUUCAACGCCGCGCCAACAUCCGGCUAUGAGAAGGACGUGGGCUCCAAAACUACAAUCCGCCUCAUCAACUCACAAGUGAUGGCGUCUGAUGACCAUCGCUUCCUGUCCAGUUCCCUGUACAGCGAGGGUGCUCUGGUGGGCUGGGAUCCAGCCCCCUUCUCUGCUAACCUCUCCCAGUGGUACAACAGGACCGACUACCCCAUCUUCGCUCAGUACCAGAGGUACCGGAGGCUCCACCCACUCCAGCCCUUCUACAUUCUCCAUCCACGCUUUGAGUGGCAGCUCUGGCAGCAAAUCCAAGACAACAUGGCAGAGCCCAUCCAGAAGAACCCGCCCUCCUCUGGCCUGCUUGGCACGGUGCUCAUGAUGUCCCUGUGCGAGGUGGUGCAUGUGUACGAGUUCCUGCCGUCCCGCCGUAAGACGGAGCUGUGCCACUACUACCAGCGGUUCUACGACGCGGCGUGCACGCUGGGCGCCUACCACCCGCUGCUCUACGAGAAGAACCUGGUGAAGCGCAUCAACCAGGGCACCGACCGGGACAUCUUCACCUACGGGCGGGUCACACUGCCAGGCUUCAGCACCCUGAACUGCACCCUGGCUCCGGGGAAGGCCCCGGGCCCCUGAAGGCUCCUGAAGGCCCCAGGUCCCGGGCUCCUGAAGGCCCCAGGUCCCGGGCCCCUGAAGGCCCCUGGAGUCCCCAGGCCACCUACAUACACACACACACACACACACACACACACGCACGCACACACA